AUUCUUCCACGAUUAUCCUUCUUCUUCCUCCGAUCCUGUGACCAAUCUUCUGGUGCACCCUCUUUCAUGUGACCUCUUGGCUUUUCAAUAACAUAGUCCCAGCCCUUGCCUGUGAUUUGCUUCAAUAUCGUCGGCUUUCAGCCACCCCUUUAAAUAUACACCUACUCCUCUCCUCUUCCCUUCACACUUCUCAUCUUUUUCUCAUACUUUUUCUUGCUUACAAGCUUACUCAGACUGAAAAAGAAAAAGCCAAACAAAAGUUAAGGGAAAGCUCAUAUAUAGACAGACAUGAAGGGUUUUGUUUGUGCUUCUGUACUCGUCAUUCUUCUCCUUUUUGUUCCAGAAGUUAUGUCCUUGAGGCACCUUGGCCGGCCACUCUCACGUCAUCAUGAUGAGGGCCAUACCCAUUACACCGAGGGUAAAGCAAAAGACGGGUUGGUGGCAAAACCAAAUUCCUACACGGAAAGAAGGCCGAUGAAGAGAAAGGUACCCGAUCCGCUCCAAAUAGCCGGGUCAAGCUUACCCGAUUGCUCUCACGCUUGUGGCUCGUGCUCACCAUGUCGGCUAGUCAUGGUGAGCUUCGUCUGUGCAUCGCUUCAAGAGGCUGAGACAUGUCCCAUGGCUUACAAGUGCAUGUGUAAUAACAAGUCUUAUCCUGUUCCAUAAAUCUAACUACUUUUGUUUUUUGUUCGAGCCCCUACAAGAGCUAGCUAGGUUGUGUAAUCAGAGAGUUUCUACUUAAUUAGGGAGUUGUUUAUCAAAAUUAGCAAAAUUCUAGCUUUCUAAGUGUGCUUAAAUUUUUUCUGUAGAGUAAUUGGAAAUGAUGGUUAUUGUUAAA